AUGUCCCCCACCCCGGGCUACCCUGGCUACCCGCCACAGCAGCAGCAACAGGGCCAGUACCCACCACCGGGCUACGGCUACCCUGGCUACCCGUACAUCCACGGCCCGCCCCUCGCGCCCGCCCCGGCGUCGACCGCACCUGCAUCGACGUCGCCCAGCACGGCAUUUCCGAGUCCUCAGGGGAAUAAACGAAAGAGGGAUAGCACCGAUGACGGGACUGCAUCGGAGGAGCCCGAGCCUGUGGGCGGCAGCAACGCCUCGGCCAACGGCGGCGGCGGUGAGAAGACGGCGACUGGCCGUGCAAGCGCCCGAACAGCAGAAGGCAAAAAGCGGACAAAGACUUCUCGAGCGUGCGACUCGUGCAGGACGCGCAAGAUCAGGUGCGACGUCCUGACAGAAACCGACCCACCUCUCUGUCAGCACUGCAAACAGUACGGUUUCGAGUGUACCUUCUUCCUGCCUAUCGGAGAAACAAGAUUCAAGAAGAAGAAGGUCGAGGAGCAGCCCGACAAGGAUAAGGACGCCGCACAACAUGCAAGCCCCUCGGGAGGUGCUCCUCCCGACACUCGUGUGUACGGCGCGCCACAACGCGAGAACGCCAAGGACGCUGACGGGAAUUUAUCUUGGCCAGGUAACACCUCCGAGGCACACCUCUUGCAUUCGAGCGCAACAAUCCCCUCGCGUCUGUACGAAAGCUACGAUGCAAGACACCACCAUUCUUGGUCCCUAUCAGCGUCACGCGAUGGUUUCAUCACUGUUCGCGAGCCUGCGCCCCCUCCGGAUGCAGACCUACCACCCCGUCCUGCCGACAUGAAUAUAGCGCGGGACGUGGUCGAACAGCUUCUCAACGCAUAUUUCAAGGAAAUUGCGCCAGUGCUACCUAUCAUCACGCGAGAAGAAUUCCUCUCGACACAAUCACCACCGCCUAUCUUGCUUUAUAGCAUGUGUCUGGUCGCAGCUGCACGGCGCUCUGUACCGCAGAGUACAUUUGAGCAAAUUCGAUACGCCGUCAAUGCGAUCAUCAAGGCGGAGGAUGUGCUCAGCACCGCGACGAUUGCGAACGUGCAGGCACUGCUCAUACUGUGCAUGGUCGGCGAUUGUCACUCGCAGUUCGUGCCCAACGCACUGUCAGCCUUGUGGAUCAGACUCGGCACCACCCUCCGUAUGGCACAAGACCUUGGAUUACACCGCGCCGAGGCUGUCAAGCAAAACAUUGAGCUUAGGAGAAGGCUUUGGUGUAUGUGUGUCAUUUCCGACAGGUGGAUGAGUUUGUCUUACGGCCACCCGUACAUGAUUGAUGUCGGAGACUGCGACGCCCGCCUUCCAAGCUCUGACACGCCUGAUGAUUUGUAUACCGUUGAACUGGUCCGACUGAGCAUCCUGCUUGGAAGGGUUCUCAAGACUAUCUACAGCCCCUCAGGAUUGAACUAUACCACGGACGAGGCGCUGCAGCAGCUUCUAUCCGACAUCGAAACUUGGCGCACGAACCUCCCGGAGGCCCUCCGCUUCCGAGGGCCCGAGACGCCGCGGCAGCCCGGUCUGCUCUUCCUCCUCUACGCGUGCAUUAACAUGAUAUUCUGGCGCGUGUUCAUGCGGAUAAGCUACACCUGCCCCGCGCACCUCCGCUUCCAGCUCAGCGUGGAGAAGUGGUCGGCGCUGGUGGAGAUCACGGGCCAGGCUAUCGAUUGGCUCGAUAAACAUGACUCGCUGUAUGAUGUGUGGAUGUUUGUGGCGUACGCGGCUACGUCGUGCGCGCUUGUUCAGUACCACACCUGGGCCCGCCGCCAAGACGCCACAGCCGCGCAGAAGCUCAAGACCCUACGAGACUGUAUCAGACGCUGGGAGCGCUCAUUGUCCCCAGACCAUAUGUCCGCGCGGAGAAAGACGGCGGAGAUCAUCGCGCUCCUGUACGAGGCUACCCAGGGACCGCCCCCGCCUAUCGAGACGCCGGCUUUGAAUCCUACCGUCGGAGCAGUCGCGCGCCAGAUACCUGCAACUGGAAACGCGAACUUGCAGUAUGUGCCCGACCCUGAGCGGCCGGGUUCGGGCGUGUUCGUUGCGCAGGGUGAUCAAGCGAGGGAGACGUAUAAGGAUGUGCCUGGCGGUGUUACGAUACCCGAAGCGGCGCCACCACAACCUUUGGUCAACUACGUCCCGCUUGCGCGACCCGGUACCGAUGCAGCCGCGGGUAUCAACGUCAACCCUGCGCUCACAGGUCCAGCGGACGCCGUACCGAUGCAUGUCGUCAACACGCUCGACCCUACAGUUGGGCCAGACGCAUUGCAGCAGCUCAGUGCGGCCGAUACGAAUUGGCUGGAGGGCAUUCCGGGCGGGAUGUUCGAUUGGGGUCAGUGGGACGAGUUCUUCGCGAGGUUGGGAGGUGGUGCGCAGCCUGGUGUGCAGAUGCCUCAGACGGAGUGA